AUGACGACGGAGAAGAAGCAGCUUCACCAGGAUUCCAAGAGGCUACCGGACUUGACUGAAUCUCUGCGUUCUAAAUCCGUAGUUGAAGAACUGGUAGAAAUCGAAACACAUGGGUUUGGCUUUGAUGCUCUGACCGAUGAUUACAAAGUGGUCAAGUUUGUUGAUAGUAACAGUGGUCUCAACGCUAGUGUCUACUCUCUCUCAGGGCAGACUCAUGGAGACGGCUUCGUAAUCCGCGUUAUAGGCACGUACAUCCCGCUUCCGGUGUUCAUCUCAACGGAGCAGUCCACUGGAUUUUCAAACUUGAAGAGGGUCAAAACAAGAGAGUGGUUGCAUCAUUUGAUCUUAAGACAGAGGAGUUCCGUGAUAUUUCCUUGCCUGAUGAGGUCGAGGAGUGUAACCAUAUGUUCAUGA